AUGGACGUGUGGGGCCCAGCCCGCGUCCGUGGUCAGAGCCAGGAGAGGUACUUCUUGAUCGUCGUUGACGACUACUCGCGCUACACCACGGUCUUCCCCUUGCGCACCAAGGGUGAAGUCCCUGAUGUUCUGAUCCCCUGGAUCAGCAGAGCACGUCUUCAGCUGCGACAGCGUUUUCGCUCGGAGUUUCCUGUUCUGCGCUUGCACUCUGACAGAGGUGGCGAGUUCUCCUCCGACCUCUUGGCAGCCUACUGUGCCGAGCAUGGCAUUCGCCAGUCGUUCACGCUCCCGGCCUCUCCACAGCAGAAUGGGGUUGCCGAGCGCCGCAUUGGCUUGGUCAUGGAGGUCGCUCGUACCUCCUUAGUCCACGCGGCUGCCCCCCACUUUCUGUGGCCGUUUGCGGUCCGGUACGCUGCGCAUCAGCUCAACCUCUGGCCCCGUGUCUCCGCUCCGGAGACCUCGCCCACACUGCUGUGGACGGGGGAGGUUGGCGAUGCGUCUCGCUUCCGUGUCUGGGGAUCCCGAGCUUUUGUUCGCGACACGUCUGCGGACAAGCUCUCCUCCCGCACUGCUCCCUGUGUCUUUCUUGGCUUUGUCCCGGAUGCGUCUGGCUGGCAGUUUUACCACCCCGCCUCGCACCGAGUCUUCCCCUCUCAGGACGUCACUUUUGACGAGUCCGUGCCCUUCUACCGCCUCUUCCCCUACCGCACUGCCCCGCUCCCUCCCCCGCCUCUCUUCCUCGCGCCAGGUGCUGCAGUGGUAGACCCCCUUCCCCCUCAGGGUGCCGCUCCCUCAGGUGUCUCUCAGGUAGACCCGGUUGAGCCUGCCGAGGUAGCUGUCGACUCGCGUCCUGCUGGAGGUGCUGAGCCUGAGCGUGCGGAGCCUGAGCGUGCGGAGCCUGAGCGGGCGGAGCCUGGGGGUGCUGAGUCUGGGGGUGCUGAUCCUGGGGGUGCUGAGCCUGGGGGUGCUGGGUUUGGGGGUACUGAGCCUGGCGUUGCUGAGUCUAGGGGUACUGCGCCUGGAGUUACUGAGCCUGGGGGUGCUGAGCCUGGUGGUGUUGCAGUUGACUGUGAGGCGCCUGGAGGACCUCCCUCUUCGCAGCAGCUGCGUGAGUGGUACUCACGGUACUGCAGCCUCCGGCGGGGUGAGUCUCGGGCUCGUGGUACUGCUGGAGUUGGUACUCGUGCUUCCCCACCACGGCGGGAGCCGCCCUCUUCCCCUCAGCUUCGAGAGUGGUACGCUCGGCACAUCAGUCUCCGUAGUGGAGCUGCUGGUGCUGGGGUCCCCGGAGUUGACGCUGCUGCGAGUACUACGGACCCUGGUGCUGGAGGUGCUGCUGCUGCUGGCGGUGCUGCUGGAGGUGCUGCUGCUGCUGGCGGUGCUGCUGGAGGUGCUGCUAGUACUGAGGACCCGUGCGUUGGAGCUGCUGUGGGUGCUACGGACCCUGGUGCUGGAGGUGCAGCUGCUACUGGCGGUGCUGCUGGAGGUACUGCUGCUGCUGGCGGUGCUGCUGGAGGUGCUGCUGGAGGUACUGCAGACCCUGGUGCUGGAGGUGCUGCUGCUUCUGGAGGUGCUGCUGCUGCCGCUGGUGUCUCUGCUGGUUCGAGAGCUGCUGCACGGCCACGACCGUACUUCGUUCCGCUCCUUCAGCAGGUUCUUGGUCAGCCUCCUCCUCCUUGUUCUCCUCUCGCCUUAGAGUGUCCGCCGUCUGUCCAGUCACAGCCACAGUUACCGCCUGCCUCACCACUCCCUGUGCCUGCUCCUUACACUGGUCCGACUGACGGUCUUGCUGAGAGACGUGAGCCUGCGUCACGUCCUGUGUCACCUGCGUCUCGUCGAGCGUCGCCUGUUCGAGCUGCUACCACUGGUAGUCGUGUCCCGCGUGAGCGUCCUCCUGCUGUCCCAGGCACGCACCGGAUGGCGCUUCGUCAGUCCACUGCUCCGCAGCGUGUUGCUCUCCCGUCGCCUCCUGCGUCCUCUCUUCCUGCUCUUGCUGACCCGGAGUCAGACUCCCUUCGCGCUGCCUGUCCUACUCUCACACGUCUCUUGGCUACGGUUGUCACUGACCCUUCCUUUGAGUCCGCUGCUGCGUCUGCCCUAGUCACUGAGCUUGUCGACUUUGCAGCGGCGUGUCGUCUAGACUACGCAGCGAGUCUUGUUGCUGAGUCUGAGUCUGCCUGUCCUCCGUCCGUCGGGGGUGAGUGUGCUCUUGGCACGGACGUCCUUGAGGACAGGCAGGAGGAGUUUGGUUGCCUUGCCGCUGCUUUGCCCCAUCUCGUGUCCAUGCUUGUUGCCCCUGAGGGAGACCCGGAUGCACCAGACAUCCCGACCCCACGCUCUUACGCAGAGGCGAUGGCCGGUCCCUACUCCUCUCAGUGGCAGUCAGCCAUGGACACAGAGAUGGCUUCCUGGAAGUCCACAGGCACCUACGUCGACGACGUUCCCCCACCUGGGGCGAACAUCGUCAGUGGCAUGUGGAUUUUCAGGGUGAAGCGGCCGCCAGGCUCUCCGCCUGUCUUCAAGGCGCGUUACGUUGCACGAGGCUCACGUGACUACGAGCUCCACUCUCUUGACUUCAGCACAGCUUUCUUGCAGGGCAGCCUGCACGAGGAGAUCUGGCUGCGCCGCCCACCUGGCUUCACUGGGUCGUUCCCUCCUGGCACCCAGUGGAGCCUCCGGCGGCCAGUCUACGGUCUCCGCCAGGCGCCGCGUGAGUGGCACGACACACUGAGGACUACACUUGCGGCUCUUGGGUUUGCUCCUUCUACUGCUGACCCGUCGCUGUUUCUGCGCACCGACACCCGCUGCCGCCGUUCUACAUCCUCAGCACGCCGCACCAUUACCCUGACUCAGUCACACAUGGUGCAGCAGGUCCUUCAGCGCUUCGGCUUCACGUACUCCUCGCCUCAGUCCACUCCUCUGCCUACGGGUCACUCGCUCUCAGCUCUGCCUUCGGAUGAGUCCGUAGAGUCGAGUGGUCCGUAUCCAGAGCUUGUGGGCUGCCUCAUGUACCUGAUGACCUGCACUCGACCUGACCUAGCAUACCCUCUCAGCAUCUUAGCACGCUAUGUUGCUCCCGGCCGUCACCGGAAGGAGCACAUGGAUGCAGCUAAGAGGGUGUUGCGCUACUUGUGCAGUACGUCGGGCAUGGGGCUAGUGCUUGGAGGGCGAGACCGGCCUGUUCUCACUGGGCACUCAGACGCUUCUUGGGCAGACGACCAGGCUACUCAGCGGUCGUCUCAGGGUUACACCUUCAGUCUUGGCUCUGGCUCUGUCUCUUGGCGUUCUACUCGUUCUUCUUCUGUUCUCAGCUCCAGCUGUGAGGCUGAGAUCUACGCCACGGCCAUGGCUGCCCAGGAGCUUCGCUGGCUCACCUACCUGCUGACUGACCUUGGAGAGCAGCCUCGUUCUCCUCCAGUGCUGUACGUCGACAACAAGGCAACCAUUGCCUUGUGCCAGGAGCACAGACUGGAGCACAGGACGAAGCACAUUGCUCUGCGUUACUUUCUAGCUCGAGAGCUACAGCAGCGUGGUCAGCUUCUUCUGCGUUACGUGGCCACUGAGGCCAACACUGCUGAUGUGUUCACCAAGGCGCUUCCGCCUGUUGACCAUCAGCGUUUUUGCACUCUUCUAGGCCUUGUGCCGACUGUUUCUCACUUACUUACUUCUUGA